AUGACGGGCUGUGCAUCGUUUCAAGAAGCCAGUCUUCGCUCUUUAGUAACAACAUUUGCCCAAAUUAAAAAGAGCAAGACUAUUGAAGAAUCGCAGUCAUAUUACAACACCUUUUCGACUGUUAUUGAUCAAGUAAUUGAAUAUAUAACUACAUGGACUGGAUAUAUCCGCUUUAAUGAUGGAGAGAUAUUUAACCAUUUGUACUUACUUUUACAAAGUUUUAAGUACUUCAUUCUCCCAACAAACAAGAAGCUAUGUCAACCAACAGAAGAAUCCUCUCUUGACACUUUUAAACAGAAAAUGACGGCAUCGUAUUAUGUUAACACUGUAUGGGUACUCCAAUGCUAUGUCUGUGUGUACUCAUUUUUCAUCUCUGACAUGACAACAAAGUCAUUUGAGAUCUCAAAGGAAAUAUUUAAACAAGCGGUAGGGUAUGAGGCACAUCCUAUAGAGAGUCUCGACGAGUUAAAAGCUGAAUAUACAAAGUCCCUAUUUGAUUCGAUUCGAACACAAAACAUUCAAGUCUUUUUAUCAUGGGAAAAUGAAGCUCGCAAAUCACUUCAAGUGUUCGAUCAAGCCAUUCGAAAGGGAAGUGUCAGUGGCGAUAUGGUGAUGAAACAACUCAAACUCCAAAUCAAAUUCCGCUUCCACUUCCUCACAAACAUUCAUUCAAAUCAAUUCAAGUGCGACAACUUCCCAGUCAAUCAUACCUAUCGCAGAGAAAUGAUAUUCACCGACAGACUCUCGAAAAUACAAACAACUUCCGUGAUUGCUACUCCGGUGCUUUUGGCGUGUAUCGACGAGAUCAAAAAUUACGCAUUAUUGGAUAAACUUAGUGAGACCGCGCCAACGUUUUUCAAUUAUCUUGAAAUCGCGCUGAAUGAGUUCGACUUCUUAAAGGGGUACAACGCACUUUUGAAAUCACUUUCCUUUGAAGUCAAUCGUAAAGUGUAUGAAGACGACAUUAAUAAGACCUUUGAUAAACUCAGAGGACUCUUCGGAAAGCUUUCCGCAGUGACGGAGAUGAAUGCGAAGACAAAUGCGAUGAAGAUGGAAUACGACUUGGUCUUAACUUCCCUUCCCAAAAUCAACCAUCCCAUCAACUCCGUGACACAACUGUACUAUAACUUGAAAGAAACAAAUGACGCGAUAUUUACAUCUUUGUUAAUGCCUUUAACCGACUUAAAACAACUCAGUAAAUUGGUCUACACGGGCACAUUCCAGUUCAGAAUCAUGUCCCGAGUCAUUGAGAUGUACUUCUCGAAGUCGAAGGAAUUGGACCAGCUCAUGUUGUUGGUCAACGAACUUCCCGUCAUACUAAAAACGAUGCGAACGAACCAAAGCGAUGAAACGAAAACGGAGAUAGUCAGUAAGAUAGUUGUGAUAUCGUCGAUGAUUGAUGUCUUAGUUGGUCAAGUGCGAUAUAAAGAAACCCUUGAUUUCAAGUGUAUGCAAAUCUCAGGGAACAUCUUUCCAUUGUUCAUGUUAAAAGACUAUAUUCUCAAAACAGUGCACUUGAACAAGAAACUCAUUUCAGUGUUUUACUUAGCAAAAGUCUAUCGAGACUUGUUAAAGAAUUACUUCAACAAACUCAUUGAAUUGACUCACUCACAAAUAGUGGUGUACAUCUAUCGCGAAAUUUCUAUACAAAACUUGUUACAAGCCUCACUACAAUACGACGAGGGCGACCUCAACCAAGAGGAGAAGAUUCAGUCCGCUUUGGAGAGUCUUCAAUCGUCUAUAAUCAUCGCGUUUUCACAAAGUGUCGAUUGUGUGGAGUUGAUCACCGUGUGUGCGGGGAGUUAUAGCUUCUCUGUCAUCGGCUCCUUGUUACAGUGGUUUUUUAAUAUAGAAAAAGUGCGAGUGUAUAUCUUUUCGUUGAUGUUUAUAGUUUCUACAUUGUGUUUAGAGUCGAGUUUGAUCAUAGACACCAACUCUGUAGUGACUCCAAACCUCUGUGAAUUAAUUGAAGAAAUCAGAGAAGUGAAAAAUGAGGUUUUGGAGCGCCAACAGACGAAAGACAAUUUCAACGAGUUUUUCUUUAAAGCGUCUGGACUGUGUGGGAAGAUUUUUGAGUAUCUUUCGUGGGCGCCAUCGAAAAGGAAAUGUGACUUUACCACCCCUUCAAUGAUGAGGAUAUCAACUUAUAUCAAAACGUGUGUGUUAAUCAAGAAAUUGAUUGAUUCAAUGAAGAGUGGGGAGAGUGAAGAGAAGCAAGAGAUGCUCUUUAAAAUGAUCUGUGAAGUGCUCAACACGUUCUAUAGUUAUUAUACCCUCGACAAAUUAUUUGAUGUCCGUAAAACGCAAUUUCCGGACUUCGUCAGUGUUUUCAAUCAAUUCAAAACAACGCCAAAAACAGAGAAACAGACUUUUGAGGCAGUCACACAACAUCUUCUUUUCGUCAUCUUCGAGAGAAUUUCCUUUGAAGAAUUGUUCUUCGAGUUGGUCUAUUUUGGGUCCAUUGAAACACGAGAACCAGAGACGGAAAAGGCCUUCUUUGAGCUCGUCAGAAGCUAUUUCAAUCUACAGAAGUAUUUAUCCCCAUCGAUCUCAGACACCAAAUUCUCAACAGCAGACUAUGUCAUCAAAGUAAUUGACUCUAUUAAUGAGUCAAAAUUGGAGAAUAAAGUCAUUGUCUUUGUUACUAUAUUAGCUAAUGUCACACAAUUCACACAACUUGCGAUCUGCCUAGUUGCAGUGUUUAAAGACUAUGAAAGGAUUCUAAAAGAUGAGUUGGAGCGGUCGCCGGAGUUAUUAACUUGGGUUCAAACGGCUUUAAAAACAAUCGAGAUCUAUUCUGUGAAAAAUGCGAACAUCGACUCUCUGCUGCGCGUCAUUGAAAUUAUCGUCAAGAAGAUCUUCUACUUUCCAAAGGAGACGUUAACACUACUGGACCCCCUAGCACAGAUCAUUGAAGCGAUGGAGUAUUACAUUAAUAAAGACACCAAUUUUGUGCCUGAUGUACUCUUUGGAGCGUUAAAGACGAUGAUCCUCUGCACACAAAAUUUAGAAGAGAACAAGACGUGUCAGAUUAUGAAGCAUAGAGUCUAUAUCUCGAGCUUUAUAACUAAAGCAAGAACACACUUUAGCUUUGUCAAGUGGAGCGAGAAUCAAAAGGUCGAAAUGUGUUUGACUGCGUUCAGUAAAUUGGACGCACAAGUUAAUGAACUUUCAGACUAUUACUCUCCAGAUGAGUGGAAGAAGAAGUGUUGGGACCUCUUUAUAAACAUAGUCAGUGACGUCGCACCAGUCAAAUUCUUCAUGGAGUAUUUGAAGACGCAGAUCAACUCAUUAAGCUUCUGUUUGAUGCUUGGAAUACACUUUAAGAAGGACGUUAAGAUGUACUUCUCCACGUUAAACACCAUUUUGUUCAAAGCGGAGCAAUUACAUGAAGUGCUCGAAGUUGGGCGGAGAGUCUAUUUGUUCUCAUAUGAGAAUUCACAGAUGGAGAACAAAGCCUUCUUCAAGAUUCGGAAGAUCUUAAAGAAAGAAGAGCGAUUCAAAGAAAUCAAAGAGCAGUCGAAUGCUGUUUUGGAUGGCACACAUCUUGGGGAAUUACUCGACUUGGUGUGGAAGAAUGAGGAGCGCCAAAACUCUUUAUUGAGAGCAGAGACUGCAGUCACUAAGGAAGGCAAAAUGGUUGAAGACAGUAAAGAUGAGGACGAUACUAAAAAGAUGUUAGGCAGUGGAGAUGAGGAAGAUGAAUGUGAUGGAGACAAAGUCGAAGGUGAAGAAGAUGAAUAUGAUGAUGAUUUAUUGAAUGGGAGUGACAUGGUGAAGACGUUGAACACUAAAAUGCAUGAUCUGUUCAUGACACUUCAGAGUGUCGAAAUUGAUAAAGGGUCCAAGCCCAAAGUCCGUAUAGUCAAACUCUUGACUACAAUUGCAGAACAUUUCUUUAAGAUGGCGGACAGUUUGAAUUACAAGAUCGUGAUGGACAACGUCGUAGUGUUACGAGACAAACUCCUGGAAGACUCUUUGUGUCUUCGAGAGUUAUUAGAAAACAGUAUUGAGUUACUUGUUAUCAUUCGAGCAGUGCUUUGUAAUGACAAGGAGAAGAGAAAGAGUAUCAUGGAAUACAUGGAACUCUACGACAACUUUGGAGAGAUGAUCACCAAGAUCAUCUUUGAUAUCUUCACCUUCUUAAAAGUGUUUUGUUCCUUUAAUGUGAAGCGAUCGAAUGAGACAAAACAGGUGUUGAAUCGGAUGGUGAGUGGGCUGAUCUACUUCUUUGUGACUCCAUUGAUUGACAUCCAAUUCCACGACUCGAUGUAUGUCAACUCGUUCAUAUACAAUCAGUCGAUGAAGGAUCAUAUUAUAGAAAACUCGCAUAUUGCCCUUCUCUGUUCACAAUUCCAAGAAUUUUCAGUAGGGAAGGAGUGGGACUUAAUGGAGUUUCUUGAUGAAAUUGGUGAUCGGAUGGAUGAGUUUGUGACAUACGUUGGAGUCAAGUCCGACUCCAUCGAAGACGAGUUUAAAGGCAUUUCAAGUACACAAGUAUCAGAGAUGAAAGUGUAUAUAGAAGACCGAGUGAAGCUUCUUGUGAAUAACACGAAGCCGUCGUUCUUCUUUUUGGCGCAUUUUGGACUGAAAGCAGUGACGAUCACAAACGAUAUUCAGAACUUAUUAAAGAGCAAAUCCUCAAUCUCAUUAUUAUGUAAGCGGUGCAGUGUUAAGUUGAUCUCUUACUUGAAGUGUUUGAAUUUAAUGAUUGAUGUGUUUGUGAUGAUCAUGCCAAAAGAGAACAUUGAAAUGAAGUGGUUAGUGGACUUAAAGGAGAUCUUUGCGCGACGGAAGAAGCGAGUGAAGAAGUGGUUUGAGGUGGGUUCGAAGAAGAAGUUUACUGAUGAGUUCUUUGAGAUCAUGUCUGGCUUUGAGAGUGAUGUGCAGUACUUAGUCCGGACCAUCUGUUUCACAUACUUCUUAUAUUCGUUUAUCAUUGAUGAAUUGGACGAUAUUGUGUAUAACAUUUCGAUGGGGUUUAACUUGAACAAGAAGUAUGUGAAAGAUGUGAUGUUUGUGUUAUCGUGUUUCUUAGAUGGGUACUCGUACCACAACAAAGUCAUCGUCAACGGAUUUCAAAAGGUCAGACAAUUCAAUAUGGCUCUCCCCCUCGACUUGAGUCAAAUUCCAGAGAUCCACGCAGUUAUAGAAGAGUUGCGGAGAACAAUAGUCUUGCGCUCUAAAAUUGAGAAGAGGACGUGUGGCCUUGAAUUCGGGAAAUUAAAGAGCAAAACAGAGACUCUAGAACAAGAACGACAGCGGUGCGCAUUACUCCGAAAUUUACUCCAAAACUUGCAAACAAUUGAUUUUGGCUCAAUGACGUUCAGAAGCGAUUUUGUGAAUGAGUUGGUUGAUAAUGACACAGAAGAGUCCAUUCUUCAAUGCGAGAAGAGAAUUGAAGAAGGGAAGAGUACCGCAGAGGAAAUUAACACAAUACGGAACACCAUAGUCAACGAAUAUAUCCACCAGAUCCUCGGGCUGUUACUCGAACAGCUCACACUUAUUAAACAAGCACUUUCAAAAAUCGACGCACAAAAGGUGAUGUACGUGCAAUAUUAUAUGAGUGUCUUUGUGACACAAUUGCAGGGCGUUGUGAUGUUAAUUGAAAUUGUCAGACCGGAGGAGAAAAGUGUUUUAGAAGUACUUGAGAAAGAAGCCAAAACAGUCCAAGCGCAAUUUACAGGUGAAAAUAUUGAGAAUGUGACACAUGAAAUAACAAAACUGCCAUCUUUGUUGUUCAAUGUCUUUGACUCGUUAAUAAAAUAUGACAACAGAAGUGUGGAGAUGAGAAAUGGGGUGGACAAAGAAAAGACUCAAUUACCUGUAGUGCGGUAUCUCCUUUUAAAGACUCAGUUUGUUGAUUGUAUAUUGAAGCAAGACAAAUUCGAUGAUAUUAAAUUUGGUCUGUUUGUCGAUGUGAUGAAGUAUCAGUAUCACCGCGUCUUCGGUGACAAUGACAGUAUACCCGAUUUGAAGCUUGAAGAAAUGGAUCUUGACAUCAUCCCAUACAUCGAACAAAUGUCGUAUGAAUUGUUCAUGCGGGAUAUGGUGAUGUCACCUCCUGGGACCUCCUUCUUAUCAUUCAACGGAACGAUAUUCACGGCGAUUUGGCAUUUGUUUUACAUCAUCACGAAAGUGCCACCCGAGCGUGUGAGUGAGGAGAUUUCCAAAGUGAAUUCCUUGUUACAACUCUUUGUGAUAGGAAGUAAGACGGAAAUUACCGUUCAAAUUCGUUCCCAUUUGACAGCGCCUAUAAUCGAGGAUUUAGACUCCGUUUUUGAAGAUUUGUAUGAGAACAUCUUAUUUGAAAAUGACGACGAAAUACAGUUCUUCCCGAAUUUUGGGAAGAGGAUCAUGUUCAUACAGUUGAUUGACUUAUUUAAUUACUAUGGGAUACGAGGAGGACUGAUGUACAUGCAUUGUUUCUUACGAAAGAGUCUAGUUAUCCAUGAAACGAUCCCAUGGAUGCUCUUUGUGUCUACCAUUAACUUCUUGAAAUGCACUGAAAAGUUGUUACAAAUCAGUGUAGAGGGGAUUACUAUGGCCAACUGUAUUAAAGUGCUUGAAGAACGGAUAUCCGAAACCGUUCCAUCCGUCUUUGGGUGGUGUUUGUUAUACUACAAAGCGUCGAUGUUGAUACAAGAGUUACAUCGAGGAGAGUUCAAUCGACACGUUAUAGUGAUGAUAGAAAUCGACUUGAUGAGGACGUUAAUUACAUGUGCAUUCAAGACCGAGAUGAGUAAAAUCUUUUGUCAAGUGAUGGACAUCAUCGAAGUGAUUCAAAAGAAUUUGUACUUGAUCGAAAAGAUCCAAUCACAAGAAGAGUUCAAUAAGUUCAUCACAAGUAAGUUGGUCGAUUUUCAACACGUCUGUGCGAAAAUUGUAUCACUGUCUCCACAAGCAGUCAUAUACGAUCACUCUAGGAAAGGAAAUAGAAAGGAAUUUGGGGAGUGUUGUUUGAAGAUUGUCAAUGAGAUGCCGAUAUCCAGUGUCCUCAAAAGUGUCAUUGAAGACAACAAAAAUGGCGAAUACGAUUUUAUCAUGCUGUCCGUCUGUUUGAAUCCUAUUGACUGCUUUAGAACGAACUACGCAAGAUUUAAUGUGUUAGCAAAUGAGUUGCAUUUACUGUUCGACAAAUUGACGGGAAAUGAAGACACCAAAUUCGCAAUGAAGUUCCACGGCGCGACACUCCAACUUUCUGAUAGUUUUCAGAUGAUGAAAAACGCGAUUAACAUCUUCUGUGACAUCAUCCCAAACGCCGUUUUAAUUGACAAGAGAAAUGAAAUCACAGAAAAGAUGGAUAAAGUCACGUUGGACGACAUUUCCAUUGCACAGAUCACCGCGUCACUCGAGACUAUUCACACAACAAAAAAGGAGUUGUACUCUUUAUAUACAUUUUUCAUGUUCUUAUUACUCACAAAGACAGUCCAAAGUAACACCUUUGACUGUGCUAAUGGACGACAAGAGAUGACAAAAAACAUGAAGAUGUUGUACCCAUUGAUCGUCAUCGUCGAGCAAAUCAUCGAGAAAGACAAAUUGAGUGAAGUCUACUCGGUGUCGAAACAAUAUGAAGAGCUCUACUGUCUUGUGAAGAGUGGGAAAACGUAUAAGACUGAACGGAAACGAAUAGAAGAGUUACUCAGACGAAUCAACUUUGUCAUUAGCUAUGUGAUGGAAUACUUGAAAAUCUUUGAAAGUGUUUUGUUCUUGUCGACGGACUUGAUAGAGGACGGGAAACACACUGAAGAGGCGGUGAUGUACAUCAAACAGAUAUUUGAGAUUCGAAAAGACCAAUUGAGUGUGUUGGCACAAGAGCGCAUGAUUAAUCCGUUCAUCAGAACAGAUUUGUUUGUGUGGAUGGUCAACACGCAACUGCCAAAACUGAACGACAAAAGUCAAAUUAAAGAAGUUUCGCAGUAUGUGCGGAAGUUUGCACUUGAGCAGAUCUUCGGGGAUGUCCGAUUUGGCUUCUCAUAUUGUGACAUGUGCAAAGCCUCAUUACUUGAAGUGGACCGACUCUGUGAGAAAAAGAAGUGUUCGAAGAUGUUGAAGAUGAUAGGGUACAUCCACAGUAUCGAACAAACAGAGUACAUGAGCUUUUUCUAUCGAAAUAGUUUAAAUGUGGAGAGUUGGGAGUGGAUGAAUUGUUUCAUGACAGCGGGGACGUUUAAAGCGUUUUUAAAUUUAUUGCAACAAGACACUGUUGAAAUAGGGUUUGUGAAUGAAGAUGAAGAAAAGAAGGAUGUGUUAAAGACGCGAUUUGUGUAUAUCAUGAGGAAUGCGGUCUGUAUGGGGUUCCAAAACUUGCGAAUCGCAGCCGAGUUGACGGACUGUUCGCUCAAAGGACAUUCGAUGAAAUGUGUUUCUUCGUCGACUGAUAAUGUUGUUGUGACGUUAUUGACUGCAAAGGAGCUUCAGAAGGUGUAUUCGUUUUUUUCGACGUUUCGAACAAAUGAGGACCAAGUCGUGGAGAGUGACAACAACAUUGUGUGCUCUGCAAAUUUCUACCAGAGGACUUUGCGACAUUUGAAGAACAUGUUAUUACAAAUGGGGGACCCCAAAGAACAGUUUUAUGUGCGCGCGUUCAUCACUAUUCGAGCGCUGAUUGAAAUAGCACGCGACGAAGAGUUCUUAUAUGUUAAAGUGAUGUACAGUCGGUUGAUAUCGUUAUACACUUUACUCGAGAAAAUGGUCGACUCGAACAUGUAUGAGACGGUGUGGAAGAAAAUGUUUGAUAUUUUGUAUAUAUACAAUGGCAAUGUGAUGACUGAUAUAUCACUGAUUGAUAUCGACGAAUUCAAAAAGAAGGUCGACGAACUGUUGGAGUACUUUGAGAACGUCUUUGUGCAGAAUUUCAAAAACCACUCACCCUAUUUCUUCACUAACGAGACGUUGUCAUUACUUGGGACAUUGUUCUGCUGCUUAAUGGAUAACACUAUCAAUGACAUACAAAUCAAAACACUCCAACAAAUGUGUUCGUGUGCGUUCCAUAUCUUUGCGUUGGUUAAGAACGACCCGGUGUGGGAAAAGUGCUCGAAAGAGAUUAAAGCAGACCCCAUCGACCAAGACAAAGUGAUUGAAAUUGCAGACAAAAUGUUCAACGCAGUGAUCAACAUUUGCGAGAACAGAGACUCAUUGGUUCUUAUUCUUGAAAGCUUGACUACACUAUGGGACAGCU